AUGCAGUUGUCGCUACUUCGGUUGCCAAUGCGCAACCAAUACCAACCGGCUUUCAAUGUAGAGCCACAAACUGAUUGGACCAUUGCAAAGCAGCUCAAGGACAUUGAUACUCUGAACAAGGAGAAGCAGGAGAUCGAAGACAAGUUGUACAGCCAAGUCCAGCCCGAAUUCGAGAACAGUGACAAGGCCCUGGCAGCGAUCAAGCCACAAGCUGAGGCCGUGGUGGAACUGGGCAAGAGAACAACCAACGACGUCGACCAACUGCGGCGCGACAUAGAGGCUCUGCUCCUAAAGAUGAAGGAGCUGAGGGACAAAAUCACAAAUACAAGUCCAAACAACGGGUUCGACGGUGACGGAGCAGCCCGCUUCAAGGAGAUACGUGAGGAGGCGGAAAGAAUGGAAAUCACCAAAAGGAUCGACAUUUUGCGCAAAGCCAAUGCCUCCCGAAUCGCUGAAAUCGAGUACAUUCGUGACUACGAGUUGAGCGAGUUUGCAGCAAACACUAAGCACCUCACUCGGCUGCUCGAAUUGCUGCCUCUGUUGAAUCACCAACGAUGCUUCUACUCGGGCAAGAACAUCGAGGGGAGCCGUCGCAGGAAGAAGUCGGUGAACGAGUCCGAGGCACUUGGAAGUGCGUCAGCCGAUCUCCCAGCCCUGGAUCUCCCACCGUCACCCAUCUCAGUUUACUGA